AUGGUGGCCUGGGGUCUUCAGAACAAUCGGGCUACAGUAGCUGCCCGGGUUACUUCUACAGACUUGCUGUCAAAGUUUGUGACUCUUUGCCAGCGCACCAAUGACUUCAAGGUUCGUUUGUACCCACCAGGACUUCCAGAAGUGAGCGUUACUUUGAGAUCAGGGGACCGGUUCCCACUGCAGUGGAAACACCAUGCUGCAUCCUUUGACCGGGAGCAUCAGCGUGUCUGGGCAAAGCUGAAACAGCAUGCGCUGUCUCUGCUGUCUCAGGAUUCCAAUUGCCUACAAUUUUGUGAUAAACGACGGGUACGACCACGUAGACCUCGGGAGAAGCUGACCAUCCGUGAGAAAUUCAAUCUCAUUGACAGCGUUCGGAAGGGGAGGCACUUCACGCUCACAAAGGCCUUCAUCCAAGCUGGAGUGCGGCUGGCUCCUGGUUUUCUGGCGCAGUGGGAAAUGGGGGUCUACGUCAAGAAGUGCCAGAAACUUUUCGGCAUGACACAGCACCUUCAUGUGAUGUUUGACGGCAGCUCGGUCCAGAAGAUUCCAGUGGAGGCGUACAAAUUUUACAGCUCUCAGUUGAACAUCGGGGCUUAUGGUCCCCCACUUGCAUUGCCAGCUAAUGCCUGUCUGGCAACACAGCUCUUGUCCGAACCGAAUCCUGGCCACAUGCACUGCUUGGACCCCUUCGCCUACAUGCCUGUGAGGACGAAGAAAACUAUAAAGGGAAUGCUGGCGUUGGCGCAGGGCUUGAACAUGAGCUUGAAGACUAUUUGGGGGCGUGACCUCUGUCACUUGAUUCCCAGGACGCCUUUGCAUGCUGGGCAGCCACUGUCCGCCAACACGCCAUUGGAUCCACCUGGGCUUCACGGGCGGCCAAUGCUGACAAUUGCUGCAGAUGAGGAGUGUCUCCCCUUCAAGAUGGCGUACGCGCUAUCCCAUGAAGUGGUAGAUGGUGCCAACCUUCGGGUGUGGAUUUGUCCAGAGUCCACCCAUGCAUCAUGGAACAAUGUUCGUUGUGCCAUUCGUAGAGCAGGCCUACAGCACACAAUCCUCUUGUCAACCAUCAUGAACAAUUGUGGUCAUGGUCCGUAUCGAUCAGGUCACAACCAACAGUCGUUUGAAGAAGCAGCUGCUGACUUAGCUAACCACAUGGCUAUGUCAGAGGAGUCUUUUCAGGACUUAGUUGAUGCAAUGGCAAUGGACCGCAAUGUGGAUUCCGAUGACCCAUCCAUACCACAGGAUCCAUCCCAAAUCCCAGGGCUUCCCGCAAUCAAAAACUUGCCAGUGUUUGUGAAAACAAAGUCCUGGUUUGCGUCCCUCGCAGUCAUGGCCCACCUGUGCGACAACUGGACUUUGAUGAGUGCAGUCAUUGACCAUGCUCUCAACUUGGGUUCAGUUGAGGAUGGUCCAUGGAGACAUCCAGGAAACGACAGUGCCAACCCAGGCAACGAUGAUAAUGACGGUGGUGAUGAUGUGGAUGACUUAGAAGCUGAACAGGGCCCGGGCCUCCAGCAGGAGGAGGUUGGUGCUGCUGGUGGGCCUAGAAAUCCUCGGAAAGGUGAUAGGCCAGAAAACAAAAGUGAACUUCAAAAAUUGAGGGAGCGAUUCCAGAACACGGUCAAACUCACCAGUCAUUUGUACCACGAUUUGUCAUUGAGGGAUGAGGUGAGAAUGGUCAGCAUCGCAUGCAACCCUUACAUGGUGGAGUAUUCGGAAACUCUACGAUUGCAAAAGCUGUCCCAGGAGUCAUGUUUGAGGUUUCUGUCAGGACGAGUCGCUGGGGAGUGGUUUGAUUAUAUCCUCAAGUCCCUUGGAACACUGCACCAGCCGGAAGCCUUGGAGAAAUUCAUUUCCGUUGAUGUCAGUGGUGACUUAUCAGACCCCGGGGAAAAUGACAUGGAUCAAGAGCCCCCGCCAUGGAUUCAAGAAGAGACGGAACGAUUACAAACAUACGUUCGUCUCUUGGUAGAGCUGGCUUCAGCCAGAAGUUGGUCCCAAUUCAUGUUUGUCAACUGUUGCCCCAGCAAUCUUGUUGGCCUCCUGCAUGAAGACCCCCGGGUCGCCCAGCAGCUGAGCAACUACCAGAAAUCAAUUUGGGAAGGUGUUCUCCUUGCGGAGAGGUAUGUGCAUGACAAAAGUCUGAACAUUCCAAAGGAUUUGGCAAAAGAAUUGAACUUGCGCUUGGAGGAUGUGACCUGGCAUGAGUUGCAACUUAGCAGAGAAGUAUUCAUCAUAUGUUCGGCAGCCGGAUGGGACUGCACAGAUCCUAAAGUGGUGGAACUAGCCAAGCGGAUCUUCUCAGUGCCCUGGAACACUAAAUUCGAUUUGGAAGAUCUGUUUGCACAUCUGUCCAGUUUGUCAAGUAUGUCGAGUCUGGCAACGGCUAUGGGAAAGUGGACUCGCUACUUCUACUGCACAACGCUCCCUGCCCUCAAGUCAGACGACUUUGGCUGGCCACAGGUGUCUACUACCCUAGCUGACCAUUGCCAACCUGGGGCCCAUUCCGCCUGCCAAUUCAAAGAUUCUGGGAAAUCUUUCAAAAGCACUGACGAGAAACUACCCAACCAGAUUUUUGAAAGAUUGGUAAACAUGAAGCUGAACAAGUGCAAACGUGCUGGCACCCAAUCCAACCAGCGCAGCGCAGCAGGGUCUGCCUGGCUUGAGCACCACUUCAGGAGCGACUUCCGCAGUGCCACCAUGGCAUGGACAGGUGUGCUGCUGGUGAAACACCAUUGCUACAUGAAUCCUAGAACUCAAAGAACAUUGCUCUGUUUGGGCUUUCGAUCUUGCGCAGCGCUGGGUGUGCCAAUGGCCCGUCAUGAGGUUGGAGGUGAAGUUUUCUACACCUUUGACAUGCUCCCUAACGCCAGGGUCCCUAUUUGGAUGUUUAGUGACCGUUUGGAACUUCAUCCUGCAGCAGCGACUGGCUGGGUUCACCUUCCUGUUGAGAUCAUGCACCCCAAGACUGCCCCUGCAAAACUGGCAAGAGAGUAUGUUGCGGUUUUUCACCAAACUGGGGAGCCAGAUUCAUUGCUCCACAGUGCAGUGGCCAACGGCGUCUUCCUCAACAUGAAACAAUUGCGGCUGGCACAAGUACAUCUAAAAUACAAGAUGUGUGACCCGGGGAAAGGGCACGGGAAGAAUGGCCGAAUAGUCAAGAGGGAUUGGUGCCAAGGUUUGAUUGAUCACUUAUUCCCAGAGGCAUCUGCUGCCGACAAGUUGCAAAUGCUGCGGGGGUUGAUGGGCCAAACCUGGGUUCACCUGGACCCCAAGGUUGCGUCCAAGCACACCAAGGACAUUUUGUCUGCGUUCCAUGGCCUUCCAUCGGAAGAUCAAAGUACAUUUGUUGAACUUGCUGCUGUAGCCUCGGAUGAGAUCCUGCUUCAGGAGAAGAGAAACCAAAAGGCCAGAGUGCAAGCUGCACCCAAAAAGGAAAGAAUGCAUGAGACACCCAUCACUAUCCGGGAUUUAUGCCCUCGAGUUGCUGGGAGCCGCUUGACAAGACACCCGGUACUCAAGCGGUACCAAGCUUUCUACCCUGAGUUCAAUGAGAAAGGUGUUUCCACCAGACAGUACAGCCACGCUACUUUCUGGGAUGGAAAGAAGCGGUGCCUGACAGAAAUUGAAGCAUUACGAGAUGUCAUUGACUGGCUUUGGAAAGUCCAUUUUCAGAUCAAACCUGCUACGGAAGAAGAUGUUAAGCCAACCAACGAGAUGUUGGAGCAGGUUCUGAGUGGCUUCGAUGACACGACUGGUUUUUUGGAGGCCUCCCAGAGGUCAGCCGGAACACCUCACAAGUCACCUGGUUUCAAGGCAGUCGUGACACCUGAAAAGAUUGACAAAUCACCAAUGCCCAAUCCAGAUGUGUUUCACCCAAAAGUUUCUGCUUCAGCUUCGAGUUCAAGUGCUGCUCCAGCAGCACCAUCUGCGGAAGUAGGUUUGGCAAGUCCAGUGUCAAAGUCUCCAAAGGAGAUCAAGCACAAAGAGAAAGACAAGUCAAACAAAACAGAGAAGACCGAAAAGGUCAAACAUAAGGAUAAAUCGGCCAAGGUUUCAAAGAAACAAAAGGAGGCUGAUGGUUUGAAGGUCAAAAAGGCCGACAAAUUAAAAAAGUGA